AUGGAUGCAGAAUCCCGUACGGCAAAAGAGCUGGGCGAUCAACUCACCGCCAAUUUAGAGGAGUGCGCAAAACGACCUGAGCUAAUUUGGGUGGCAAGAUUUUUCAACCCAUAUGCUCCGGUGGAUGGCGUUGUACGACUAGAACCGCCCCCGUCGACACGCUUUACGACCAAACUGUACAACUCUGCUUUUAUCUACCAAUACGCUCUGGACCGUCGUCGCUUUACGUUAGACGAAGCGCGUGUCCUCUCUCUGAUCGAGCUUUCUAAGAUCCAGCGAGAUCCUGGAGACUACGGUAUCAGCUCGAAAGGGCCGUAUGAUAUCGACUGGGCACUGGCCUGUGAAGAGCCUUUCCCGGGGAUCCGGGAAGCGGUGGACACCGAUGACGAUUCUGGAUAUGAGAGCCCGGCUGUGCCCAAUGGAGAUAACGAAUCUGAGUCAUCAACUCCUGACUCUGGCAGCAACAUAAAUGGUAUGGCGCUCGCAUAUGUUAUGCGUUCCCAACCGGAAACGAUGAGAGCAUGGGUCUCCCAGCUCGGGAUGAUUCUCCAUAUUUUUGAGUGCAGACCAGAUCCCGCAGCAAACACGCUUUAA